CAAUUAUAUUCCCAAAUGUUAGUUUGCCGCGUCCAGUCUCCGUUCUGCAUUGAGAGUACAAGUAUACUCUACUCACUGUGUGUUGAUUCACAGAUGAGUCAUGUGAUAGGAAGAUACAUUGUGAAACUUAAGAUGAUUAUAAAAGAAUACCGAGUCACAUUGCCAAUGACCGUGGAUGAAUAUCAGGUUGCUCAACUCUACUCAGUAGCCGAGGCGAGUAAGAAUGAGACGGGAGGAGGAGAAGGAGUUCAAGUUCUUAAGAAUGAACCCUAUGAGAAUGUUCCUCUGCUCAAUGGAAAGUUUACAAAGGGACAGUACACUCAUAAAAUAUACCACCUUGCCAGCAAGGUUCCUAGUUGGAUUAAAAUGGUUGCUCCCAAGGGUUCCCUCGAGAUCCACGAGGAAGCCUGGAACGCGUAUCCGUACUGUAAAACUGUUCUCUCUAACCCUGGAUAUAUGAAGGACAAUUUUUAUAUAAUAAUUGAGACCUACCACCUGGGAGAUGAUGGAAAGCAGGAGAAUGUUCAUGAAUUGGAUGGGAAGAAACUAAAGCAGAGACAGGUUGUACCGAUAGAUAUCGCUAAUGAUACUGUACUUGCUAACGACUAUAAGAAGGAAGAGGAUCCGACCCUAUUUAAAUCUGAGAAAACAGGCAGAGGACCCCUUACUGGGGAAUGGCAGAAGGACGUGAAGCCGAUCAUGACAGCGUACAAGCUUGUUACCAUUCAGUUCAAGUGGUGGGGACUACAGGAUAGAGUGGAGAGUUUUAUUCAUUCAACAGAACAUAGACUUUUCCUUAACUUCCAUAGACAGGUAUUCUGCUGGAUGGAUAAGUGGCACGGUAUGACUAUGCAGGAUAUUAGAGAUCUUGAAGAAAAGACGAAGAGGGAGUUGGAUGAGGAGAGAUCAAAGGGUGAGAUCCGUGGAACUACAGGAGUUGAGAACUAGAGAAUUUGUUGAAGAAUUCCAACCGGUUAAGUUGUCGGGUCUUAUCUAUUUUAUGUAUUAGAACUUUUUAUUAAAUUCUGCAACCAAAUCCAACCUUAAUUUGGUUACAGUGAUAAAGUAAGAUUCACACGAGCCUCAAUUCAUCCUUCUUCGUUUAGCUGUUGGGUUAAUAAAACAAUUUUAAUAAAUUUCGUCCAUAGUUUAAA